AUGAAGUGCGACGGCUUCAAUUCCAUUCACUUUCCUGACCCAACCACCGGAUCUUUUGAAAAAGAAGAUAAAACAACUACUGCAGCAUUUGAUUUUGGAACGGAAGCUGGUACAACUGCCUCAACUUCUACCAUAAAUAACACUACAGACAGCGACAACAUCAAAGACAGCACAGAUACGACUAGUUCGAUAAAAGACGUAACAGAGCCCGGAAUUGAAAAGAAAACCGGGUACGAAGGGAUUGAACUAUUCACCGACAAAUAUAUUACUGUCGAGUUACUAACCGCCAAAGAAAGCGAUAAAUUGGACGAUCUAGAUGUAGAGAUAACAGAAGAAGUAAUAUCCCCUAAAAACCCCGAAGUUGUAAUAGUAAUAGAAGGUGGUUUUUCUGAAGCCCCAGUUGUAUCUGAUGGGGCCCCAGUUGUAUCUGAACGUACAUCUGAAGCCCCAGCUCCAUUUGUUUCUAAAAUUGCAACUGACGCUCCAGUUGUUUCUGAAAUUGCAACUGAAGCCACAGUGGUUUCCGAUGGAGCAACUGAAGCCCCAGUGGUUUCCGAUGGGGCAACCGAAGCCCCAGUGGUUUCCGAUGGAGCAUCUGAAGCCCCAGUGGUUUCCGAUGGAGCAACUGAAGCCCCAGUGGUUUCCGAUGGAGCAACUGAAGCCCCAGUGGUUUCCGAUGGAGCAUCUGAAGCCCCAAUGGUUUCCGAUGGAGCAACUGAAGCCCCAGUGGUUCCCGAUGGGGCAACUGAAGCCCCAGUGGUUCCCGAUGGGGCAACUGAAGCCCCAGUGGUUUCUGAUGGUGCAACCGAAGCCCCAGUGGUUUCCGAUGGAGCAACUGAAGCCCCAGUGGUUUCCGAUGGAGCAUCUGAAGCCCCAGUGGUUUCCGAUGGGGCAAUUGAAGACGGAGCGGUUUCUGAAGGUACAACCGAAGCCCAAGUGGUUACUGAUGGGGAAAAAGAAGAUUCGACAUUAUACGCAUCAACAGAGUCGUCUACAGAAGGAACGACAGAAGCGUUGUUCGUACCCCCUGAGGAUGAUUUUGAACCUGAGGCCUUUACUCCAAGUUACAACACCUUGCUGGCUAGUUUUGUGUUCAGCGGAGAUUAUUGUCGGACUUCGGCCGAAAAGAAAGCCGUCAAGAAAUCGUUCAAGGUAUGGGAGGUAUUCGAUGGUACAUGCUAUAAGUCCGGCACGUGUCUCUCAACCAGUCUUAAAUGUUCGGAUGAACUCGGCGGUACUUUUGCUGUCAACGUCUCUUUCAAACAACUAAUUGAUUCGGAAACUAGUUUGACAGUAGGUUUGGACGAUUUGUACGAUGUGGUAGACGCACUGGCGCCUGGAUCUGUUUCUAUUGCUGUCCAGACUUCAGAUAAAAAGAGGGCAGUUCAAACAUUUGCCGUGGAAGUACUUGAAGUUAGUGAGGUUGGACCCAAAUGUCCACAUGGUAGUGUUGAUGAUGGAGCCAGUCUGUGUGCCUGGUGUCUUAAUGGAACUUACGCAGAUACAGAGGGCGGAUACUGUGUGGUAUGCGGAGUGGAUGAAUAUCAAAACAAAGUGGGACAGACGGAAUGUUUAGCAUGUGGGGACGGCUACACAACUGAUAGUAAGACGGGACGUUCCAGCUGCGAGGAGAUGGGUCUGGUAUUAUUGACGAAAUCGGAGAAGCUGCUAAAGGAUUGAGUACAGUAACAGUAGCAGUAAUAGCAGUUGUAGCAGCGUUACUUGUAGUCGUUAUUAUAACCGUGACUGUGUGUCUUGUCAAGAAUAAGGGCAACAAAGUCGGAAAGCUCCAAAAUAGGGUAUCACCGACCCCUGAAGCAGGUAGAGAUAACCAUGGCUACUUGAAUAGCAGAACGAGCGUGCAGCAUUCUUAGUAGAACUAAACGUGGUCUAUGAUUUAGUAUGAAUAGUCCCUGAACUAGAACUUGUAUGAAUAGUCCCUGAACUAGAACUUGGACAUGAGAAAAGCCGUUUUUUAGUAAUUUGCAAACGUUGAAUGUAGAAACUGUAAAAAUUGGACUGAAAAUUUAUUUUCAGAAAGUACGUACUGAAAGUAUUACCAUUGGCAUUACCAAUGCAAGUGUGAAAAUUCAUAUAUUAUAUUAUAAGAUAAACAUAUUUUUAUCUCAAAGAUUAUCACGAAGUAACUUAAUUAUGUGAAUUUUUCUGUUAACUAUUUAAAUUUGAUGAUCAGUCGAACGUUUGCAGAGUUGAACUCUGGUCUUGUUGAACGUAAUCGAUGACAUUUUAUGUUAUUUGGUUCCAUGAGAUAAAAUAAUUUCAUCGAAUACAAUGAAGAGUUAAAACUGAUCAAAGUGUCUUGAGCACUCAAUGGAUAAGCUUACUAUAAUAGAUGUGGAUAAAAUUUGAAUUAUAAAUAACUCGUGGAUCGAUUUUUGUACUUGGUCAUGAAAGAAUCGGUCGUAAUUAUAAUUAAUUAUUGAGUUUUAGGUCUUGUUUUGCUAUUCUGUGUUUGCACUUUGCAGAACUGUACAAAAUGUAAAAAAUGUAAAAAUAUUAUUUUAUCCAAUCGUGAUUCAGACGAAAUGAUUCAGACAAAAAUAUGUUCAUUCGAAAUUGCUAUUUUGAAUUUGUUCAAUCGAAAAUAUUUUAUAGUAUAUAUUGCUCUAAGUAUUUAUUUUCAUAUCUGAAUUUAAAGUUUUUAACAACCAAGUGACCCCUUAAGGAUAUAAAUUUACCAC